AUGGACGAUUCCUUCGAUCAGCUCUCCCCAAGGGGCAUCCCCAAGUUGGCGCCCAGCACCUCGUCCGACAACCUUUCCACCCCAAAAUGUAAACGCCCGCGAAUGGCCUUCGGAUCGCAUGUGCGAGUGCUGAAGACACAAGGCGUCACCCCAGAACCGGAAUACACCAAAAUGAGCGACGACCAGGUGAAGGGCGAGCUGGCCAAGCAUGGACUGCGCCCCAUGGGCCGGAAGAAUGCCGUGAAACUUCUGCAGCAAAUCUACGAGAGCACCCACCCGACCGUUGACCCGGACGAGGCGCAGAAAGCCGUGUCGUCAAAUAGUGCUGAAGAAGAGUCGAGCGAUGGAGCACAGGACGAUCACAGCGCCGACGAAAAUCUCGAGGAAUCUUUCGUUUUCGACGGGGAUUUGCCUAAGGAUCUGGACGGCAUGCAACGAGCCCUGGUCACAUGGCUGCGUGAACCCGCCCAGACCGAGAUCCUCGAUCACUUCCGUCUGCAAAAUGAGCCGAAAAGCGCUGCAAACAAUUCUGGAUCGGCUCUCGGUGUUCUACAGCCUCCCGAACACGCGUUUCAGACGCGGCAAAUAGUGAUGUCUGGCAUCUACUAUCGUGAAAUCGACGUCGCCGGAGACGCUCCCUUGAAAAUAGCACAGGAAUUAGACACAGACGUUGGCGGCGUGAUCUGGGACAGCGCGCUGGUGGCAAUCGCUUACAUCGACAAGAAUCGAUCCAGAUUUGCUGGAAAGCGGGUCCUCGAGCUUGGCGCGGGUACCGGAGCGUGUGGCUUGGCUUUAUCGUCCAUUGGCGCCAAUGUUGUAUGCACCGACUUACGCGAGCGAUUGCCGUUAAUUGAGCAGAAUUGGAAAAUUAACGAGCAUUUGCUGAAGGACGGCUCAUUUGAGUGUCGAGAGCUUGACUGGAAUUCGCCAGACACUUCGCUCAGCGAUUUUGACUACGUUUUCAUGAUCGAUUGUGUUUACUACCUGUCAAGCGUGCCUCCGCUACUCGCACUCAUUUCAACGAUUUCACCCGCCACGACGAUCAUCUGCAUCUUUGAGAAGCGCGAUAUUGGCGAGCCCGUACAAGCACAAGCUGAGUUUAUGGAAAAGAUUUGCGAAAUUUUCAACGUUUCCGCCAUUCCCCGCUCUGAAUUGGAUGCAGAAUACGUGUGUGAUGACAUUAUUUGUAAUUUUUUAUCCAAAAAA